AUGGAGUAUGAGCAUUAUUUGCAAGGUGGGGUUUUCUUCGACGAAGGAGAUGAGGAGGAGAUACUUUUGACCUUCAUCUACUUUGUGCUUGCUGGAUUGGCUCUGUUCGACCCAUAUCUAAACCCUGUGGAGCGCCGACGAAUUCGAGAUGGUGCACAGUCGGGUGCUCAAUGGGUUGUAGAACUCAUAAACGGCCAUCGAGACAGAAUAUUCGACAACCUUCGAAUGGAAGCUCCGCUUUUCCUCCAGUUAUGUGAUUUGUUGAUUGAGAGGGGCUAUUGGGAGCCCCACCCGACAGGACGGGUAGGCAUUCACGAGUCUCUCGCCAUUUGCCUUCUUUGCUUGAGUCAUAACGAGCGACAUAGGGUGCUAGCCGAGAGAUUCCAACGCACAACUGAGACCACGGACCGUCAUCUACGACGAUGCCUUCGAUCUCUCGUUCGCUUGGGACGCGACUUUGUCCGGCCGAUAGAUUAUCACACGACGAAUCCAAGAAUACAGAACACUUGGUGUAGAGCCGAAGACAGGGAGCGUUAUCGGAAUAGGCAUGACGGCUUAUCGCAAAAUAUAUUAGCAGUGUGUGAUCAUAAUAUGCGAUUCACUUAUGUUAGGGUAGGGUGGGAGGGUAGCGCACAUGAUUCUAGGAUCUUAAAAGAUGUCUUACUUGAUCCUAAUUGUGCUUUUCCAUGGCCACCAGAAGGGAAGUAUUAUGCGGUGGAUGCGGCAUAUACGAACAUGUCAGGAUUUAUGGCUCCCUUUAGGGGUGCACGGGGAACCCAACAGGAGCGGGCAGCAAGAACACUUUUCAACAGACGCCAUGCAUCUUUACGGAACAUUAUAGAACACACGUUUUGUGUUCUUAAGAAGCGAUUUUCGAUACUUAAGGGCCCCAUGCAGAACUAUUUGAUGGCGACACAGAAUAAUAUUGUCCUGGCUUGCUGUGCAUUGCACAACUUUAUGCGCGAUAAUGUCCCGAAUGACGCAUAUGUUGUUGAAGAAGAGACUAUUGCAGCACAGGCAGAUAAUAUAAAUCAUGUGGUGGAUCAAAUGGCCGGCGCAGAACCACUGGAUAUGUCGCCUCAAGGAAUUGCUGGUUGGAAUGAAUUCAGGAGCGCCUUGGCAAACAGCAUGUACUAUCACCAACAUUAG